AUGUCCAAGUACCUAGAUAAGAAACAAGAGAUAGCCAACUUUAGGCAAGGGGAAGGUGAGUCACUUUAUGAUGAUUGGGAAAGAUUUAACUUGCUAUUGAAAAGAUGCCCUGGCCAUGAGUUCUCUGACAAACAAUAUCUCCAAGUCUUCACUGAGGGGUUAACUCAGAGCAACAAAAUGUUUCUAGAUGCUUCAGCUGGGAGUAGUCUAAAGGUAAAAACUGAUCAUGAAGUUCAAACUCUGAUAGAAAACAUGGCCAACAAUGAGUACCGUGCUGAUGUGAAAAAGAAAGAAAGAGGUGUUUUUGGGGUAAGUGACACUACUUCCAUACUAGCUAACCAAGCAGCCAUGAAUAAACAAAUUGAAACUCUAACCAUGGAGUUACAUGCUUAUCAAUUGUCCAACAAACAACAACAAGCAGCUGCAAUAAAGUGUGAUUUGUGUGCUGAGGGCCAUCCUAAUGGUGAGUGUGUACCUGAAGGAGCUAGUGAAGAAGCCAACAAUGUGAACUAUCAAAGGCAAAACCUCUACUAUAAUUCAGGCUUGAACAAGCACCCUAACUUGAGUUACUCCAACGACAAUACCUUGAAUCCUUUGAUGCCUAAUCCUCAACAACAACAACAACAAAGAAAGCCUUCCGGUCUUGAAGAGACAAUGAUGAAUUUGAUGAAGAUGGCUCAAGGUAACUUUGAAGAAAUGAAGAAAAGUCAAGAUAUUGAAAGGAAAAACAAUGAAGCCUCAAGGAAAUUGCUUGAAACACAACUUGGGCAAUUAGCUAAGCAGUUGGCUGAACAGAACAAGGGGGGAUUCUCAGGUAAUACUAAGGAGAACCCUAAAAAUGAGACUUGCAAUGCUAUUGAGUUGAGGAGCAAAAAGGUUUUGACACCUUUAGUUCCAAGAAGUCAAAAGAAGGUUGAUGAAGAAGUUGUAGAGGUAGAAGAAGAUGGCGAAGCUGAAAAGAAUGUUGAGGAAGUAGUUGAAAAAGAAACUGAACAUGAUGUAGUUGAAAAAGAGAGUGAUCAAGGUGUAUUUGAAAAUGAAAGGAAGAAAAAAACAGAGGUCGAAAAAAGUGAGAAGUUAAUAGAUGAAGACUCGAUCUUGAGGAAGUCUAAGAGCCAAAUAUUGAAGGAUGGAGAUAAACUACAAGUCAUUUCAUCUUAUGUGAAGCUUCCAUACCGUCAUCUAGCCAAAAAGAAGAAGAAGGAGGAAGGACAAUUCAAGAAAUUCAUAAAUGUUAACGGGGAGAAGAAACCAAAAGAUGAUGAGAACAUUGCUCUUUCCGAGAACAAUAGUCUUAUUCUCCAAAGGAAGCUUCCACCUAAGCUAAAAAAUCCUGGUGCUUUUCAUAUCCCUUGCUCCAUUGGGCUGGUAGACAUUGGUAGAGCUUUAUGUGAUUUAGGGGCCAUUAUCAAUUUGAUGCCCCUUUCAAUGAUGAAGAAGCUUGGAGGUGGAGAGCCAAAACCGACAAGAAUGACCCUCACUCUAGCUGAUCGGUCAAUCUCCUAUCCUUUUGGUGUGCCUGAAGAUGUACUAGUUAAAGUUAAUGAUCUAGUAUUUCCUGCUGAUUUUGUAAUCUUGGAUAUGGCUGAAGAUGAAGAUAUGCCACUCAUUCUAGGAAGACCUUUCCUUGCAACAGGUCGUGCCUUGGUUGAUGUUGAGAUUCCAUAA